AUGCCCAAAAAUGGUGAAGACUGGCUUCUAGUCAGUGACAUGGUGGCUAAUAACCAAAGACUACUUGUCUUCACUUCAAUUCAGUCCAAGGAAGCAAGCGAAGGAAUUUCUUACCAGGGGAACUACAUGGUCGAAACUCAAUAUGGGGAUAGUGGAAUGCAAGCAGGAAGUUGCUCGAACAGGGUAGAGUCGUCAAGUCUAGACGACAAGACUAAGUCGUUGGUAUUGGUAAAUUACUUUCAUUCAAUGUCAAGCAAAGAGAAGACAUGCGAGGACAACUCUGGAGAUCUGAUUAACAUGCUUCGUACUUGCUAUGCAGCUGCUGGUAACGGUUGGGCUAACUUUGUUGCUGUUGAUUAUUACAAGAGGAGUGAAGGAGGAGGAUCAUUCCAAGCUAUCGAUACUUUGAAUAGGAAGAUGUUAUGUGGAUAUGAUGAUAUUCAUGCAUGUGUGGCUGGAAAAACUUUAGGUGCCUGCACACCAUAA